UUCCUUCAUCUUGGUAAUCUGGCAUCGGCAUCCUGGCAAGCUAAGUGCGCUUUUGCAAUUUAUCGUAUUUUACCUAGUAAAAUCAUAAAAUUUUGAUACGAAAACAUCGCUAUUUUGUUCGGCUUGCGUUGGUGUAUAGUUUGUGCGGUUUUUCCUGAAAAUGGAUCGAGACCGCAACCGAAGGCGCGAUAGGUCACGGUCUCGCGAGCGUCGUCGCAGUCGCAGCCGUGGCGACCGGAAACGCUCACGUUCCAGGUCUCCGUAUCGCAAGGGCCGAUCUCGCCGCAGGAAGCCUUCUCUGUACUGGGAUGUCCCACCGCCAGGCUUCGAACACAUUACCCCGCUACAGUAUAAGGCCAUGCAGGCGGCCGGGCAGAUUCCGGCCAAUAUCGUUGCGGAUACACCUCAAGCGGCCGUACCGGUGGUUGGUUCAACCAUAACGCGACAGGCUCGGCGGUUGUACGUCGGAAACAUUCCGUUCGGCGUUACCGAAGAGGAGAUGAUGGAGUUUUUCAACCAGCAGAUGCAUCUGUCCGGUUUGGCCCAGGCUGCCGGCAAUCCGGUGCUGGCCUGUCAGAUCAAUUUGGAUAAGAAUUUUGCUUUCCUGGAGUUCCGAUCGAUUGAUGAAACGACCCAAGCGAUGGCCUUCGAUGGCAUCAACUUCAAGGGGCAGAGCUUGAAGAUAAGGCGACCUCACGAUUACCAGCCCAUGCCUGGUAUGACCGAUUCGGCCGCAGUUUCUGUUCCAGAAAAAUUCUCCGGCGUGAUCAGCACGGUCGUGCCUGACUCCCCGCAUAAGAUCUUCAUCGGUGGUUUGCCGAACUAUUUGAACGAGGACCAGGUCAAGGAACUGCUACUCUCCUUCGGACAGCUGAAGGCCUUCAACUUGGUUAAGGAUGCUGCAACUGGUUUGAGCAAAGGCUACGCUUUCGCCGAAUACGUGGAGUACAGCAUUACCGAUCAGGCUAUUGCAGGAUUGAACGGUAUGCAGCUGGGCGAUAAAAAGCUCAUUGUACAAAGGGCCAGCGUUGGAGCCAAGAAUGCGAACGUUGCUGCUGUCGCACCGGUUCAGAUUCAGGUGCCUGGUCUGUCGUUGGUCGGAUCAUCGGGACCACCGACGGAGGUGCUCUGUCUGUUGAACAUGGUCACUCCGGACGAGCUGAAGGAUGAGGAAGAAUAUGAAGAUAUUCUCGAGGAUAUUAAGGAGGAGUGCAACAAGUACGGCGUGGUCCGAAGCGUGGAGAUUCCGCGUCCCAUCGAGGGUGUUGACGUGCCCGGCUGCGGUAAGGUGUUCGUCGAGUUCAACUCCAUUGUCGACUGUCAGAAAGCCCAGCAGGCCCUUACCGGCCGCAAGUUCAGCGAUCGUGUGGUGGUUACCUCUUACUUCGACCCGGAUAAGUACCAUCGUCGUGAGUUUUAAUUUUAUCACAUUUUGCGUGGGUCAUUACAUUUUAAUGAAAAAGUUUCGGUAGACAGUAACAGAAUCGUGACACAAUGUGUUUCAGUUUAGUUAAGUUAAAAUCUAGGGUCCUUGACGACACAAAAAAGCAUCUGUAACAUAGAAGCUGCAAAGGACUCUUUGGAAAACACACCAUACGCAGUAAAUAUAACAUGCGAUAAUUAAUAACUUUGAAUUUAUUCAAACAAUUUCAAUUACCUACCUGGAUUGCAAUUGCUUUUUUGAUACAAUCUUGCGUUUUCAUUCAAGCAUUGUUUUACACAUUAACAUUAUUUCUUUUAAAUGACAACAGUCUAUUCUGAAAGGGGAUACCAUUUUCGAGCGUGCUUUUUAGAUGCAUAUUAAUUACAAGGAACGGUGUACCCUGAGAGAUGUACCAUUUUCCAUACGUUUGACUAAAACUUUCUCAAUCAAGCAUAUUUUCUGCUCCAUCUCUAAUUGCUAUUAUUUGCAAGCACUGCUAGAUUUUUGAGAUGGAAUAGACAAAGUUUAAGGGAAAAUUUGUCUGGAAUGGAAACAACUACCUAUCUUCCAAUGGGGUUUUCUAGACUAGAAGAAAUCCAAACUAGUUGAUGAACUUCAUUUAUGAACACGAAUAAAGGUACUUUGCACUUCGCUGUAA